AUGUUUGACGCGAUUGAGAUGGGAAGCCAAACUCCUGCGUCUCAGCCGGCUGCAAGUCCUGGACUGGCUGCCGUAGCGCAGGGUGCAGAAGCCACCAUCUACCGCACGAGGCUCUUCGGUGACCAGGACGUGGCCAUUAAACAACGUUUGCCCAAGCGUUAUCGCAUACCGGAGCUAGAUGAACACCUGAACCGCUCGAGAAUCAUCGCUGAGGCACGAGCGCUCGCGCGAGCCUGGUCUCUACCGCACGUUCACGUACCUGCAGUGUACUUAGUGGAUCCACACCGGCUGCGACUGGUUCUAGAGUGGAUAGAGGGUUUGAGUCUGCGCGACUGGUUGCGCACGCGUGAAUCAGUUGAAGGAACAACGCAUAUAGCAGCAGUGUUGGAACAAGUCGGACGCAUGGUAGCGGCGAUACACGCGGUGGGCCUCAUCCACGGUGACCUCACGACUUCCAACUUCAUUGUGCGCGAGUCCGCCGACCGAAACGAAAGCACUGUAUUUGUGAUUGACUUUGGGUUAGCGCAGCAGUACCCUAUACAGAGCGACACCACAGUGGAAGCGAAAGCUGUUGACCUGUAUGUGCUCGAGCGCGCGCUCGCUUCUGUUCAUGUUCAGCAAGCAGCAGCGUACUUUGCGCAGGUUUUGCGAGCGUAUGAAUCGGGUUCCUCAAUUGAAAAUGCGAAGCUCGUGCUACGAAGGCUUGAUGUUGUUAGAGCUCGGGGACGCAAGCGAGCAAUGAUCGGUUAG